ACAGGUGAGAGGUAACAAGUUGAGAGGUCAUCGUCUAUUGAUUAGGAUAGCAGAAAUUUCGAUGCGGGUUUUGCUCCGGUCCCAGAGGCUCUAAUGAUGCCUCACCUCAGCGGUACGAACAGCGGAUGCAUGAGGGAAACCUGACCGGGAGUGAAGCUGCGCCCAGUAACGCUGCUUUGGCUUAGAUUUGUAUGCUAGCAGCUGUUAGCAACGUGCUAGCUUUUACUAUGUCGCAACUAAGUUCUUGCAGCUAAUUUGGGUCUGACGUGACUGGCACAUUUGAAUUUAACUACGGCUGUGUAUGGGGAAAAAAAACAACACAAAAGAUGGCUGUGUCAGCGCGGGGCCUCUUCUUCAUUAUGGCACUAUUUUUAGGUAGUUUCUUCGGAAGUAUUGUCAUGCUGGGUCCAGUUCUGCCGCUCAUGCUGCUAUCGCCGGCUUGGUACCGCUGGCUUACGGAUCGAAUCGUUGCUACCUGGCUCACCCUCCCUGUGUCUUUGUUGGAGUUGGUGUUUGGGGUGAAGGUGGUGAUCACCGGGGAUGGCUUCGUUCCUGGAGAGCGCAGCGUGAUCAUCAUGAAUCACCGCACCCGUCUUGACUGGAUGUUCCUCUGGUGUUGUCUGCUCAGGUACAGCUACCUUCGCCUGGAAAAGAUCUGCCUCAAGGCUGCUCUCAAGGCCUUGCCCGGCUUCGGUUGGGCAAUGCAGGUGGCCUGUUUUGUUUUCAUUCAGCGUCGCUGGGAGAUGGACAAGGCACAUUUGGAAAACAUGCUGGACUACUUCUGUGACAUCAGAGAGCCCCUGCAGCUGUUAUUGUUCCCAGAGGGGACAGACCUCACAGAGGACACGAAAGCAAAGAGUGAUGCAUUCGCUGCGCAGAAUAACCUUCCGAAAAUGGAGUAUGUGCUUCAUCCCCGCUCCACCGGAUUCACCUUCAUUGUGGACAAACUGAGAAAAGGAGACAACCUGGAUGCCGUUCACGACAUCACAGUGGCGUACCCCAAGAACAUCCCGCAGACAGAGCGUCACCUCGUUUUAGGAGAAUUCCCUCGCGAGAUCCACUUUCACGUCCGCCGCUAUCCGGUUUCUUCGCUCCCGUCCUCGUCUGCGGAGUUGGAGUCUUGGUGUCGAGAGCGCUGGGCAGAGAAGGAGAGCCGUCUGCGCGACUUCUACUCGGGCCAGCCCCGGGGCUUCGACAGGGACGGCGUCGCGCGAGUGCCGCCUUGUAAGUCGGAGCUGCGGGUGGGUCUGAUCAAAGCGGCCUCGCUGAUGUACUGGAGCAGCUUCAUCGCUUUCUGCUUCGCUGGCCUGUGGCUCUGGUCUUCCUUCAGGCUCUAUGUUCUGGUUAUGAUUGUAGUGUUCACCGUCCAGCAGAAGCUGGCUGGAGGGCUGGAGCUGAUUGAGAUGGCUUGCCAUCGAUACUGGAAGGUAAAAGCGCAGGAAAGAAAGAUGCAGUAGAGAGGGAGGCACUGUUUUAAUUGGGGAGAAGAAGUUUUCACCAAUAACCAGCGAAGGAGUUUCAAGCUGAUCAGUGAGCUGAUCUGAAUCCCUUUGAGGAACAGAAGCUUUUCUGCCUCAGAGAGUAACAAGUGCAUCUACAGAUUACAUGUCUGGCUACAGUGGAGAGGUUGCAUUGCUGGCAAAGAAUAAAAAGAGGAAUGUUGGGUGUAUCUAUCCUUGCUGGGUUCAAGGAAUUCAUCACAUGUGAUGUUCCACUUGACCUUCGUGCAGUCAGGGUGAGAAGAAAGUACAGUCUGUUAUUUUAAGUUUGAACCUCUAAAUGAUUUCAUAUUUAGCAAAUUAUUUAGAGAUUCCAGUAUCAUACUUUUUGUUUUUUCUUAAUGGUAAACCUGGGAAUUUAGAUAGAUUGCACUUUCUUUUUACCACGACUGUAUAUACCACUCUGCACAAUCCUUCUUAAUUAAGUUGCUGUUUUUGUUUUACCGGUUUUAUGUUGUCUGUGUUUAAACUUGAUUGUUUAGGGUGUCCGUGUGGAAAACUGUCAUGAAACAGUUGGUAUUUCUUAUAUUGCUAUGCCUACGAAACCUGUUUUAUUGUAUGCUAUGUUACCGCUGGUUUUAGAUAAUGAAUGGAGCAGAGCCAUAUUAUUGUCCACCUGUAUUUGUGUAUGUAUGAUGACUUGACUUUGACCAUCAUUCAAAAAAAAAGCACUAGUGGUUGAACUUUUUAUUAGCUGUGCAUCAAGGAAAGAAACAGUUUAAUUCCCAGAGAUCUAUUAUACAGUAUAUGUUUAGAAUUGGAUAUGCGGUGUCAUGCAGGGUCUUGAUGCCCCUUGAAGCUUUUGACUUUUUUUUUCCCCCCCACAUUAAGACCUCAAUGUUUUUAUUAGGAUUUUAUGUGAAAGACUAACAUGCAUCCCAGUAGGGCACCAGGACUGCUAAAGUCCUCGGUACUCCUCUGAUUGUGAGUACACUCUGUGACAUUUUAUUUAUUUUCCUCUUCCUUCCUGAGUGCACAACUGGCAGUUGUCCGCCGGCAUCUCGACUACUUUACCAAUUAAUGCUCUCCUUGCCUGGCCCGGUUUACAUGGACAGCAGGGCCUGUGCAGUUGUGCCAUGCUCUUUCAAUUUAAAGAUGAGCAGCGGAACAUUACGCCAUGAAUUGUUUACAGCUCAGGAUAUCGCUUUAUUUCCUACCCUGUCGGCUUUUCGUGUUGGUCCUCGCGGUCCUGUUUCUUCAGGAAUGUUUUCUAAAAUAUUUCAGAGGCCCUCGCGUAGCAGCUGAAUUGAAUCCAAGCUAUUGGUUGCACUGGAUUUUAUUUCCAGGUGUCGGAGUAAAUGAGGCUGAAAAAGGUCAGGUUAGGAACUGUUUUUAGAUAUAACUUUCCACAUAUAUGUACCACUUUAUAUUGGUCCGUCAUAUAAAAUCCCAACAUAUUACAUUGUAGAACAGUACAAGGGAUAUUGAAUACUCUUGCAAGCCACUGUAAUUACCCUGUUAUAAUAGGUUUUGCUCCCUCAAGAGAACUUUCUCUCAUUAUCAUAGAAGCCCUAAUUGCUCAAGUUGAUUUUGCACAGAAAAACCAAAGGUGAGAAAUGGAUAAAUGAUGUGGAAAACAAAACAAACAAACAAACAAAAAAUAACAAAUAACCAAACAGAAUGUAGUCUUUCUCAUCAGGGAGGAUCAUCUUCAUCGACCGCAGACCAAGCUGCAGCUCGCUUGUGUUGUUACAAAAUCAACAAUCGAACAUGCGGGCGGCUGUAAAAGCGUAGGAGUUUUGAGUUUUAAGCCCUGAUCCUGGGAAUGAAACGAUGCCUUGUUCAGGCAGGUUCUGGGGAAGGAGGAAUGUCCUGUUGAGGCAACAUUACCCCUCGAUGUGCAGAGCGGUCCAGAGUAACCAGACUUGGAGUGGAAAAACGGCCCUGAGGUCAGCCUAAUCCAAAAAAGCCCUGUAAUGCCCACCUCUGCAUGUGUCCCUCUCCCCUGGACUGGCAUCGAUGUGCCUGCUAAACUCAAUUAGCAAGUGACAGUUGAGAAAGCUACUGUAUUUAUGCCAAAAAAGGACUGAAACUAAAACCAGUAAGGCGCAGUGCUUCGCCCGCACGCCCCUUGUCUCAAACCUCAUUGAUUCUGUAAUAAAGGAGUAACUUUCUCCUUAGGUAGCCGUAUAUAGUAACUUCUGUACGGUGUGUAUCCACCACACAAGUGUCUUUUUCUUUUUUUUUUAAAUCUGGAGUUCCUUUUAUUUAAACACUAAAAAUGGUUGAUUCCUAUCACUGUGAUGCAGCUGUGUUAGCAGUUUUAUUAUCCAUGAGUAAAGGCUUAUAUAGUCCUACAUGUAUAUUUUAUGUAGGAGCCAGCCUCAAUCUCCAAACAUUCUCUGUUAUGUUGUCUGUUUUACAAUUGCUUGCAGAUGCUGGACUUCCUAGAAGUCACCGUCCUCAGGUAAACAGUGUGGACACCAUGAAAAGGCGGUCUCUUACAUGUAUCUCAAUAAAUCUCUAUCACCUCA